GGCUUCUGUGUUUGUCAUGGGUUUCUUGCAUUCAUGUUUCGUUUUGCAUGGGUCAACACUUCCAGCUUGGUGAAUGUUCUGCAAAGGGACCCCCAAGCUUCGAAAUAUCCCCAGUCCCAGUCCCUGCAAGCCGCGAGUUUUGAUGAGAAAACAACACCUUCGGAACUGGAUGGCGGACUCUCGGUGAUGAUUUCCACGAACGGUUGAUCGAAAUGCAUACCCAUGCCUCUCUGUGGGCAUUUGAGUUUUGGACCAAGUAUAGAGUGGAAUCUCAAGGCCAUCCGUAUUGACUUUUUUGAUCCUCUAUGGCAAUGAGGGUUUCAUUUUGGCAGCUGAACGGUGAGGCAACGGUUCUUGAAGUCAUGCCAGACAUCACUGGUCGGGAACUCAAGGAGCGCAUCAAGGAGAGCCAGCUUUGGGAUGAUGAACUUACGCGCAAAACAACCCGGGUCGACAUUCUCGUGGGGAGCAGAUGGCUGAUGACUGACGAGACAGCUGCAGAUGCAGGCCUUUCGCCAGCAUCAGACGUGACCGUAGUAUUUAAACAAAACGCUGUUGCCUGCUCCCAGAAAAGGGAGUUUGACCAAUUUGGCGAUGAACUUGACUUGCAUUCCAUGUUUGUCAUUGAAAUCCCAAGCAGUGCCACUGAAAUAGCUGAACACGCAUUCGGGCAAUGCCACAGGUUGGCACGAGUGAGCAUUCCGGGCUCAGUGACCCAGAUUGGGAAUGGUGCCUUUGAAGAAUGCAGAUCUUUGGCUAGUGUGACCAUUCCGGACUCAGUGACCCAGAUUGGGGAUUGUGCCUUUGCAGGAUGCAGCUCCCUGGCUAAUGUGACCAUUCCGGACUCAGUGACCCAGAUUGGGAAUGGUGCCUUUGACGGAUGCAGCUCUUUGGCUAGUGUGACCAUUCCGGACUCAGUGACCCAGAUUGGUUGUGCCUUUGAAGGAUGCAGGUCCCUGGCUAAUGUGACCAUUCCGGACUCAGUGACCCAGAUACGGGAUUGUGCCUUUGAAAAAUGCAGCUCUUUGGCUAGUGUGACCAUCCCUGACUCAGUGACCCAGAUUGGGGAUCGUGCCUUUGAAGAAUGCAGCUCCUUGGCUAGUGUGACCAUUCCGGACUCAGUGACCCAGAUUGGGAAUCGUGCCUUUGCAGGAUGCAGCUCCUUGGCUAGUGUGACCAUUCCGGACUCAGUGACCCAGAUUGGGAAUCGUGCCUUUGCGGGAUGCAGCUCUUUGGCUAGUGUGACCAUUCCGGACUCAGUGACCCAGAUUGGGAAUCGUGCCUUUGUGGGAUGCAGCUCCCUGGCUAAUGUGACCAUUCCGGACUCAGUGACCCAGAUUGGGGAUCGUGCCUUUGACGGAUGCAGCUCUUUGGCUAGUGUGACCAUUCCGCACUCAGUGACCCAGAUUGGGGAUUGUGCCUUUGAAGGAUGCAGGUCCCUGGCUAAUGUGACCAUUCCGGACUCAGUGACCCAGAUACGGGAUUGUGCCUUUGAAGAAUGCAGCUCUUUGGCUAGUGUGACCAUUUUUGACUCAGUGACCCAGAUUGGGGAUCGUGCCUUUGAAGAAUGCAGCUCCUUGGCUAGUGUGACCAUUCCGGACUCAGUGACCCAGAUUGGGAAUCGUGCCUUUGCGGGAUGCAGCUCCUUGGCUAGUGUGACCAUUCCGGACUCAGUGACCCAGAUUGGGAAUCGUGCCUUUGCGGGAUGCAGCUCUUUGGCUAGUGUGACCAUUCCGGACUCAGUGACCCAGAUUGGGAAUCGUGCCUUUGCGGGAUGCAGCUCCCUGGCUAAUGUGACCAUUCCGGACUCAGUGACCCAGAUUGGGAAUGGUGCCUUUGACGGAUGCAGCUCUUUGGCUAGUGUGACCAUUCCGGACUCAGUGACCCAGAUUGGGGAUUGUGCCUUUGAAGGAUGCAGGUCCCUGGCUAAUGUGACCAUUCCGGACUCAGUGACCCAGAUACGGGAUUGUGCCUUUGAAGAAUGCAGCUCUUUGGCUAGUGUGACCAUCCCUGACUCAGUGACCCAGAUUGGGGAUCGUGCCUUUGAAGAAUGCAGCUCCUUGGCUAGUGUGACCAUUCCGGACUCAGUGACCCAGAUUGGGAAUCGUGCCUUUGCGGCAUGCAGCUCUUUGGCUAGUGUGACCAUUCCGGACUCAGUGACCCAGAUUGGGAAUGGUGCCUUUGAAGGAUGCAGCUCUUUGGCUAGUGUGACCAUCCCCGACUCAGUGACCCAGAUUGGGGAUCGUGCCUUUGCAGAAUGCAGCUCCUUGGCUAGUGGGACCAUUCCAGGCUCAGUGCUCCAUAUCGAGGAUUGUGCCUUUGAAGGAUGCAGCUCCUUGGCUAGUGUGACCAUUCCGGACUCAGUGACCCAGAUUUGACUUUGGUCGUGCCAUCUCGGAGAAGGUUGAAUAUUGCCGACUGGAGGGGUUGCAAACAGAUUCAAGCAACCAAUAUGUGAAUGUGAAGAGUGCACGUACAGGUGGUUUCUGAAUGGCUUGCUGUGUCCUCGACGGUGGGGAUUUUGAGCUUCGCCGAGAACCUUUGAGAAUCCGCCACACAGUGUAUCUGAGUGAUGGCUAAACACAGCAUCAUCUCAAUUUUUAUACAACCGCGCUGCUUGCGG